AUGCGCCUAUUCAUACUCCUAUUUCUAACUUUCCAUGCCACUUAUUGUGCACUGGACACCGCCGCCGUUAUUGCCAUACAAACUGAAAUCAACAAACACAGUGCUGACAUUGAAAUGAUUCUCGAUCAUGUGAAAAAUCUCAACGCCCGAGUUAGUGACCUGGGACGUCCAGGACCGCCAGGAAUGAAUGGGUCGCCAGGUUUCCCAGGAGCCAAGGGAGAGAAAGGAGAACGUGCCGAAGAUGGUAUGAGCGGAAGAGACGGUAUGCAGGGUAUUCCUGGCGUGAAGGGAGACAUGGGACCAAUCGGACCAACUGGCAUGAAGGGUGAUAAGGGCUCAAUGGGAUUCCCUGGUCAGAAAGGAGAUGGUGGAAAUUCAGGAGUGCCAGGACUCAAGGGAGAUACUGGAAUCCCUGGAAAAGUUGGAGAACCUGGAGCCACUGGUCAGCCAGGAGGCAAAGGAGAGAAGGGAAUGGAAGGGUUGCCAGGGACCAAUGGUUUGCCUGGUGCUCCGGGGUGGCCGGGGAGCAAAGGAGAGGAUGGAUUGCCAGGGAGACCAGGGUCUCCAGGAUUCCCAGGAAAGAAAGGAGAUGUUGGAACUGGAGGAGUGCCAGGAGUACCCGGAAUGAUUGGAGAGCGAGGAUUGCCAGGAGCACCAGGAGCGCAGGGAAUGAUGGGACCAAUCGGACCACCAGGACAACUUGGUCUUCCUGGACCAAAAGGAGACACCGGUCCAGCUGGACUUCCAGGAAGCAAGGGAGAUCAGGGAAAGGAUGGAAUUCCAGGACUUCCAGGUUGGAUCGUGAACGACAAAGGAUACUGCAUACUGGCGCUUGGCAACUGUCCCCCGGCUUUCACUCAAAUUGGAGCCUACCAGGCACACGUUGACAAUUAUCGCUUCGGCGACUAUUCACUGGUCAAGUCAUCCGGCAUCGGCGGAAACGAAGAACAAUUUGCUUUGAAAGUUCAUGCUUGCUGCCGAUAA